UUAGGAAGGCGAGAAUGUCAAAUGUCAACAGCAGGGCUAAGACAGGUGGAGCUAUCCUGGGCUAGGAUUCUUUACCUUUAAAACUCAAUUUGAACGUCUCACUGCCAUACCAAACUCAUUGCACAUAAAACUUGCUAAUCACCAGUCCGUGUGUGCUGUCAACUUACACUUUACACCAAAACUACCUUGCGAUCCGGAUCCGAACCCCGAUCCACUCCCGGCCCGGGCUCGAACACACCAUCACAAUGUCUUCCCCCGAAACCCUCACUUUGGCCUCCGUCCAAGAAGCUCACAAACUCAUCAAACCCUUCAUCCACCAGACCCCCGUCCUCACCUCAACCUACAUCAAUACCCUCGCCUCCACCCCCCAAACCCCCGAAUCCCUCUCCAACACAGAGUGGUCCGGCCAAACCCCCUCCAACCCCAUCCUCCGCAUCCAUUUCAAAUGCGAAAACUUCCAACGCAUCGGCGCCUUCAAGGCCCGCGGUGCUUUCCACGCCAUCGAACGCCUGAAGCAAUCCCCCGACUUUGACCCCUCCCGCGGUGUGGUAACUCACUCAUCAGGCAACCACGCCCAAGCCCUCUCUCUAGCCGCCAAAACCUCCUCCAUCCCAGCCUACAUCGUCAUGCCCACAAUCUCCACCCCCUCCAAAAUAGCCGCCACCCUCUCCUACUCCGCCCAAAUCACCUUCUCCGGCCCCACAGCCCCAGAGCGCGAAGCCGCCGCCCAGAAAAUUAUCUCCUCCACCGGCGCAGCCCUCAUCCCCCCCUACGACCACCCUCACAUCAUCGCCGGCCAGGGAACCGCCGCCCUCGAGCUCCUAUCCCAAGUCCCCACCCCCCUAAACGCAAUCAUCACCCCCUGCGGGGGCGGCGGUCUCCUCUCCGGCACCGCCCUCGCCUGCUCCGAGAGCAAGACGAAAGUCUUUGGUGCUGAGCCCUCCUUUGAGGGGGCAGACGACGGCAAGAGGGGGUAUUACUCUGGUAAGAGAGUCGAGGCCGUCAAGUCGCUGACCAUUGGUGAUGGGCUGAGGACGCCGGUGGGCAAGAUACCCUGGAGUAUCAUUUAUGAAAGGAGGUUGGUCGACGGGAUGUACUCCGUCACCGAGGACCAGAUCAGGGCGGCCAUGAGGCUGGUGUAUGAGCGCCUCAAGGUGGUGGUUGAGCCCUCUGCUGUGGUCGGCUUAGCAGUUGCGCUGUAUAACGAGGAUUUUAGGAAAAUGGUUGAGCAGGAAGGGGGAGAGGAGGGGUGGGAUCUGGGGGUGGUGUUUAGUGGUGGAAAUGUGAGUUUGGCUGCGCUGGGGGAGCUGUUCAAGGACCAGUGAAUGUUGAGAC